GGGCCCGGUCCGGGAGUGCGGGAGGCAGUGAUAGAGGGAGGUGGCGGUAGCGGACUGGAGUCUCAACCGCGCCAAGGCGGACACUUCGGUGGAUCGAGGCCGUAGAAACACGGAGCACCCAAGGCAGCACCGGGAAUCCCGGCUUAGAGGAAAGGGUCGCCGGACCGGGUGGAGGGGAGGGGGCGAUGCUGGAAGCCAUGGCGGAGCCCAGUCCCGAAGAUCCACCUCCGACUCUUAAGCCAGAGACUCAGCCCCCGGAGAAGCGGCGCAGAACAAUUGAGGAUUUCAACAAAUUCUGCAGUUUCGUCUUGGCCUACGCUGGCUACAUCCCUCCUAGCAAAGAGGAAAGUGAUUGGCCCGCUUCUGGCUCUAGCUCUCCAUUGCGAGGUGAGAGUGCAGCCGACAGCGAUGGCUGGGACUCAGCCCCUUCGGACCUUCGAACUAUCCAGACUUUUGUUAAGAAAGCGAAGUCAUCAAAGAGAAGGGCCGCGCAGGCAGCUCCCACCCAGCCAGGGCCCCCGCGGCCCACUUUCCCUCGCCUGCAGGCCCCGGACAGUGCCGCUCUGCUUGAGAAGAUGAAGCUCAGGGACUCUCUGUUCGAGCUGGAUGGGCCCAAAGUGGCGUCUCCACUCUCCCCCCCAGCCCUGACGCACGCCUCCCGGCCCCCUGCUGCGCUCACCCCAGUGCCACUGUCCCAGGGCGACCUCUCCCAGCCUCGGAAGAAGGACAGAAAGAACAGAAAGUUGGGACCAGGAGGUGGGGCUGGCUUUGGGGUGCUGCGGAGACCUCGACCGGCUCCUGGGGAUGGGGAAAAACGGUCUCGAAUCAAGAAGAGCAAGAAGCGGAAGUUAAAAAAGGCAGAUCGAGGGGACAGACUCCCGCCUCCUGGCCCUCCUAGGGCUCCUCCCAGCGAUACAGACUCUGAAGAGGAGGAGGAAGAGGAGGAGGAGGAGGAGGAUGAUGAAGAGAUGACAGCAGUGGUGGGGGGUGGAGUCCCAGCCCCUGUGCUUCCAGCACCCCCUGAGGCCCCCAGGCCCCCCAUUUCAGUGCACCCCGAAGGUGUUCCCCCUACUGACAGUGAAGGAAAAGAUGUGGGCAGCACAGAGACAAGUCAAGAUGGAGAUGCCAGCUCCAGUGAAGGCGAGAUGCGGGUCAUGGAUGAAGACAUCAUGGUAGAAUCAGGCGAUGACUCCUGGGAUCUGAUCACGUGUUACUGCAGGAAGCCCUUUGCUGGGCGGCCCAUGAUCGAGUGCAGCCUGUGCGGGACAUGGAUCCACCUCUCCUGUGCUAAGAUUAAGAAGACCAAUGUUCCUGACUUCUUUUAUUGCCAGAAAUGCAAGGAGCUUCGGCCAGAGGCCCGGCGGUUAGGGAGUCUUCCCAAAUCCGGAGAGCCCUGAUGUCACUGUCGAGGCUGGAACUCCUGGCGUUACGUGGGGGCCUGAGCCUCCGUGGCUGGAGAGAGCCUUUCCUUGGACUAGGAAGGCUGUCCCCACCUGAGGGCUGCAAUUCCCAAGGGAGACACAUGUGUCCUUCCUGCUCCGUGGACUUGAAGUUGACCCAUUCCAGUUGGGUCAGGGGAGGCUGCAUCUGUCCGUGAACCUGCCUCCCUUUUCACUUUCAGGGCCAGGGCUCAAACUGGGGUGUAACGGGAUAGUUGUCUAUAAAGGUGUAGUGUGAAUACAGC